UUCAUGAGCCUUCAAUAUGGACUACACCUCCUCCCGUCGGACCGUAACAACUUGACUGACUUUCCGACAGCAACAUGGCCGCUGUGUUGCGUUGUCUAGUGGACUGGUGGUUAAACCUGAUCGGCGAAAUCCACCGCAAGUUUGGAAUUGGCGGCGAUUCUGACCCCUCAUCCCCGAACUGCGGGGUGUUCAAGAGGGUUAUCUUCCCAGAGACAGAUCAGGCGGAAUGGCUCAACAAGGUCAUCCAGCAACUAUGGCCGUUUGUCGGCGACUUCAUGGCCGACAUCUUGAAGAAAAACGUGGAGCCGGAGUUGAAGAAAGCAGUGAUGGAUUCCUUUACCUUCAGCAAGGUCGACAUGGGCACCAAGCCGCUGCGGGUGGAGGGAGUGAGAGUGUACAACAUCAGACGGGGCGAGAUAUACAUGGACCUAGAUCUCUGCUACGACGGCGAUGCUGACAUCGACAUCGGCCUCCUGGUGUCCAACGCUGCAGGCAUUCAACAAAUCAAGCUGUUGGGGACGCUGCGCGUGGUGCUGAAGCCACUCCUAAGUGCUGCACCCCUGGUUGGGGGCGUGUCCGUCUUCUUCAUCACGAACCCGAUUCUGGACUUCGACCUGACCAACCUUGCCAACAUCAUGGACAUUCCUAUGUUCAAUACCGAGCUCCACGCCAUCAUCCAGCGUCAGCUCUCUGACCUGCUGGUCUUCCCUAAGAGAAUGGAGUACAUCAUUGGAGAGGGCGUCAAGUUCUCCAAAUUACGUUGUCCUCGUCCUCAGGGCGUGCUGGCAAUACACGUGAAGGAGGCAAAGGAUCUUAUGGAUGCUGAUGGUAUUGGAAUAUCAGAUCCAUAUGCGAAGGUCAAAGUGGGGGACCAGACGUUCCAGACGGCCAUACUCGAGAACAGGAAGGACGCCAAGUGGGACCAGAAGUUUGAUGCUCUAGUGGACUUGGCCGAGGAGCGUCUGGUAGUGACAGUGUUGGACGAGGACACCAUCGGGAGCGACGAAUGUCUGGGAACAGCGACGGUUCACAUUUCCCGUGUGAUAGAGGCUGGGAAGAUCGAUGAGUGGUUCCCCCUAGAGGGCGGAGAGAAAGGCAGCAUCAACCUGGCCCUCCAGUGGUACUACCUGGCGAACGACGCAUCAAUGCUGAAGAAUGCGGACGUGGCUAGCUGUGAUAGAGCUGACUGCCGCGUUACACAUCAAUCACGCCAAGAGAACACCGCAUUAGAGGAGCGGGAGUGCCCGCGGUGUCUUCUGAUGGUCUGCGUGGACUCCGCUAAAGGGUUACUGAAACCUGACCAGAAACCCGAAGAUGUGUCCCCCGUUGUCAGUCUGUCGUUCAAGGAGCAGGAGUUCACGAGCACCGAAGCUGCUGCCGCACCAGAGCCCUCGUGGCAACAGGACUUCCGGUUCCUGAUGACAUGCGCAGGAGAACAGAUGCUUUCAUUAAAGGUGAAGGACAGCAAGAACGACACAGUGUACGGGACUGUUGAGAUCGACAUCAAGGAUUUGAUUGGUGCUCCCGACAUGGUCCUCGACCAGUCAUAUCCCCUCUUCUCAGAGUUACAGGGAAUCACACCAGAGCUGAACCUGAAACUGGUUCUCAGGGUGCUGACUCCAGACACAGACCCAAGAUGGCUGGCAGACAGCUUCCAGUGAGUCUACAGACCACGUCUGCCUGUUGUAACACAUGGUACUAGGCAUACACCAUGGCAGUGGGCGUUAUGUGGUGCCAGACGCAGGGAUAUCCUUCCGUUUCUAGUAUAUAUACAUACUAUAUGGUUUGUCCUUGAUAGAACACAAUGUCAAUAAGAAGAGGUGAAUGAGCUUUGUUUAGGUGUCAUGGCAAUGGGCGAUUUCUGCGUCAUAUUGGUCACCUUUAUGAAUAACAUUGAUAUGAUAGGACAGUUUGUCCUCUUGAUAAAUCUGAACGAGAAAAGUGAUUUUAUCAUUCAUAUAAUAUGUCAAAGUUAUAAAAUUAGUAUUUUACCGAUCGUACUAUGCUAUCAGCUGUAGCCAAGACUGUGAUAGCAAUGCGUCUGGCGAUAGGCUAGAUAUCUGGGGCGUAUAAAUCACAUACACACACAGCGAUACUGCCACAAUGAAUUUAGCUUUGGCAUGUUUCGAGUUCAAGAAUUCAAACAAACUGAAAAUUCAUAGAAGACACAGCUUGUAUUGAGCUCAGAAUAACUUGUGCAAUGCUGACUUCGAAGCGGGUAUAAAGGAUGUAUUCUGCCGCCCAGAGAUAUAUUUCCCUCCCAGGCCGUAUACAUGUACUUUAUCAAGAUAUGUGAACCAAUCAGAUCUCAGCAUUCCGGAGGUAAGAUAAGUGGUGUUGUGAGACUUCUAUCGGCAUAUAUUUCAACUGUAAUGCUUGUUUUACACAGUGCUCCUCCAAUAUAACACUGACUAUACAACUGCCAUAAUCAAGUGUGUAUUAUUUAUGGAUAUAUUUAACAACUUGGUAUUUUAUGGGUAUGAAUUAGAUGUUUCAGAUCAUGAAAGUUACCUGACAUACUAUAUACCUAGCAUGUGUUACUUGUGAUUUCUACUUAUGUCAUGGUCAAGCGAAGGGCAUGGCGAAAAUGUGUGAAACGGUUAUUUUCUGUUAUCUUCACACGCUAUGUUUUGACCCAAAGUAACCGUUCAGCUGUAUGGUUAUGCUGUUUCUACCUAAACAAUUUUUCCUUAAAACCUGACACAUGAUAACU